AAUAACAUAAGGAAUAACCAUUAAUAAUCUUAUUAUUAUCAUUUUUAAUAAACUAAAUCAGACACUUCAAUUACUGCAUCUGUCUGUUGUGAAAUUCGACUUAAUUACAUAAACACAUACAUAAUAAUUUUUAAUUAUUAUUAUUAUUAUUAAUAAACUAACUUUGAAAAAAAAGAAACCAAUGUCCAUUUUGGCGAAUAUAAGAAAUUUUUUCGAUCAUGUUGGAGAGAAUUUAAAUAAUACAUUUCGUUCACCAGGACGAUUACCUAGAACAAAUCAAAACACUGACGGGAAUAGUACACGUUUUGCUGGGGGUCCUCCAAGGAAUUCACUUUUAAGGCGUCAAAGUGUGGCUGCUGAAAGUUUCGAUCCGGAAAAAGACAGUGAUGAUAAUUUUGAUGAAGAACGACGAGUUUAUCCAAAAUCUGAUAGUCAACGAGCUAGACUAACGAAUGCUGUCAAAGAAAUCCUGCUAUUUCGAUGCCUUGAUGAAGAACAAAAAGCGAAAGUUAUCGACGCCAUGCAAGAAAUGAAAGUGAAACAAGGUGAUGUAGUAAUCAAACAAGGCGAUGAUGGUGACAAUUUCUACGUGAUUGAAUCAGGCACCUAUGAUAUAUAUGUUAAACAAAUUCAAUCAACUGAUGAGAAAUUUGGUGAAAAAGUUGGCUCAUACAAUGGACAAGGUUCAUUUGGUGAACUUGCUCUCAUGUAUAAUACAUCGAGAGCUGCUUCAAUCAUUGCUGUUACAGAUGGUAUAUUAUGGCUUAUGGAUAGAAAUACAUUUCGACGUAUUGUACUUAAAGCAGCUUUUCAUAAACGACAAACUUAUGUAGAAUUACUUGAAGAAAUUCCAUUACUUAAAGAAUUAAGUAGUUAUGAACGUACAAAUGUUGCUGAUGCUUUACAAUCAAGAAUAUAUCAAGAUGGUGCAACAAUUAUAUCUCAAGGUGAAACUGGCAAAGAAAUGUUUAUCAUUGAAUCGGGAAUGGUUAGAAUUAGUGUGAAAGAGAAUUCCAAAGAAGUAGAAUUGAGUCGAGUUGGUAAAGGUGCUUAUUUUGGAGAAUUGGCAUUAAUUACUAAACGACCUAGAGCUGCUUCAGCUUAUGCUGUAGGUGAGACUAAAGUAGCCGUUUUGGAUGUUGCAAGUUUUGAACGUUUAAUGGGUCCAUGCCUUAAAGUAAUGCAAAGAAAUAUUGAUACUUAUGAAAAACAAUUGAAUGAAUUACUUGGAACUGAUCGUACAAUGAAAUCCAAUGAAUUUCGAUCAAAAUAAAAACUUUUUUUUGUUUUUAUUAUUAUUAUUAUUAUUUGAAAACAGACAAAAAAAAUGAUAAUUCAUUUCCUUUUCUGGCUUUUGUUUUCUCUUACAAAAUGUAUUCGUUUCUUCUCAUUUUCAAUGUUCAAUUAUUUUACAAGAUUACUAUUUUAAACAAAUGAUCUUUAUGCAAAGCAAAAAUAUAUUUCGACUAUUUUUAUUUGUUUUUUAUACUACUAAUUCAUACUGUCAAUCAAUUGGUUCACUUUGCAGUUUCUCUUUCAUCUAAAACAUCCUAUUGUAAUUGGAAAGAUAAUUAAAACAAAAUUUACCGCGAGAUAUAAAAAAAAUGGCACAAUGAUGAUGAAUUUUAAAGUAUUGUAAUUAAUGUGUUAGAUAGAUAUUUAAAUGAAAAAAAGAACUAUGAUAAAUUAACGCAUCCAAUCAUUGAAUUUCAUUCUACGCUAUACAUUUUACGUUAUUUUAGAUUAACAAGUGUCAUUGUACCUUUUUGUAAUCAAUGAUCAAUACUGACUAGAUAAACUGAUUGAUUGAUUGAUCGACUGAUUGUCAAAACUUGACAAUGUGCAUUUUUCAUUUUGAUCAUUUUUCAUUUCAAAUUGAAUUGUGUUUAUGACCAUGUAGUGAUAUUUUUUAUUUGUUCAUUCUGUUUCUCAUUUUGUUUUUUUGUUUUUUUCUUGAAAUUGAAAAGAGUUUGAAUGUUCAACAACAGUUUAACAUCAUUUCUUUUUUGUAUGUUUUAAUUGAAAUAAUAAAUGUACAAUGUAUUCUCAUUCAACAAC